GGUGGAACGCUGGAGCCAUGUUUGGCUCGCUCAUCGAUUACUGGUAUUACACCGGCGACGACACCUACAAUGCCGUCACCACCGAGGCCAUGCUGUUCCAGGUUGGACCGGACAAGAAUUACAUGCCCCCCAAUCAGAGCAAAUCGCUCGGAAACGAUGAUCAAGCCUUUUGGGGUAUGGCCGCCAUGUCCGCAGCGGAGGUCAACUUUCCCAACCCGCCCGCCGACCAGCCGCAAUGGCUGUACCUGGCGCAGGCCGUGCUCAACUCUCAGAUUCCUCGCUGGGAUGAUACAACAUGUGGUGGUGGCCUGAGAUGGCAGAUCUUCACCUUCAACAACGGUUACAACUACAAGAACUCCAUUUCCAACGGAUGUUUCUUCAACCUUGCUGCACGCAUGGGCAUGUACCUUGGAAACGACACAUACUUUGAACAAGCAGAAAAGGCUUGGGACUGGUCGUACGCGGUUGGGCUUAUCAAUCCCACCUACCAGGUCUACGACGGUUCGGACGACACUCUCAAUUGCACCGAGUUCAACCACAUUCAAUGGUCAUACAACGCCGGCGUGUACCUCCUCGGAGCCGCCGUCAUGUGGAAUCAGACCACCGGCGACAAGCAAGGCCAAUGGCGCGUCCGCGUCCAAGGCAUGCUCGACUCCGCCGCCCGCAUCUUCUUCUACGAGUCCACCAACAUCAUGUACGAAGUCGCCUGCGAGCCGUCCGGCAACUGCAACCUCGAUCAGAAGUCCUUCAAAGCCUACCUCGCCCGCUGGAUGGCUGCCACUGUCAAAGUCGCGCCCUGGACCCAUGAUACCAUCAUGCCGCUCAUCCGCACCUCGGCCGUCGCCGCCGCGAAGGUUUGCCAGCCCAGCGCUACCGACGGGGCUAUUUGCGGCUCCAAGUGGUGGGACGGAACAUUCGACAACAAUGUCGGUGUUGGACAGCAGAUGAGUGCGCUGGAGGCUAUUCAGAGCACGUUGAUCGAUGGUGUUUCUGGACCCGUGGGUAACAAGACUGGUGGUACGUCUGUUGGUGACCCCAAUGCUGGUACUGGCGGCAGCUCG